AUGAUAUAAAAUAAUAUAAAGGAAAAAUAGUAGCAAAUGAUGCAUCAAUAGUAAUGUAUUAAUUUUUAUCUUAAACUAGUAGUAUAAAAUAAUUUUAAAUAAAAAAUUUAACUGAUAAAAAUGGAAAUAAAACAGCACAUUUAAUAGGUUUAUUUAAUCGAACUAUUUCGCUUAUAGAAAAUUAAAUAAAUCCAAUAUGGGUAUUUGAUGGAAAUCCUCCUAUUUUUAAAUCUGAAGAAACAAAAAUAAAAAUUUGAUGCAUUAGAAAAACAAUAAAAAUUCCUUGAAAAUUAAAAUAUGGUUUAAGCCUUAAAAAUGGAAUAAAGAAAUAUCUUUAUUACAUAAGAAAUGAAAAAUGAUGCUAUUAAAAUGCUUAAAUUAUUAGGAUUUCCUGUUAUUGAAGCCCCUGGAGAAGCUGAAGCAUAAUGUGCAGCUCUUACGAAAACAGGACAAGUUUUCGCAACCGUUACUGAAGAUAUGGAUGCUUUAACAUUUGGUACUACUAUUUUAUUGAGAGGGUUAAAUAGUAAAAAAGAGCCUAUAGUUGAAAUUAAUCAUUAUUAAAUGUUAAAAGAACUUGAAUUUUCAGAAAAUUAAUUUAUUGAUUUGUGUAUUUUGUGCGGAUGUGAUUAUUUAGAGAAAAUUGAAGGGAUAGGACCUGUAAAUGCUUAUAAAUUAAUAAAGGAAUUUAAGAAUUUAGAAAAUACUAUUAAUUUUAUUGAGAAAAAAUAAAAUAGGUUUAUUAUCCCUAAAAAUUAUAAUUUUUAAGAAGUUAGAAAUUUAUUUUAAAAACCAGAAAUUGAAAAUGUUGAAAAAAUAGAAAUAAAAUGGUAAAAACCUAAUUUAGAAAAGUUAAAUUAAUUUCUUGUUUAAGAAAAAGGAUUUAAUUAAGAAAGAAUAUUGAAACAAAUUAAUAGAAUUUUCUAUAAAACAAUAAUAUUUAUAAAUGAAAAAAAUUUAAAAUCUUGA